GUGCGUGCGUGCGUGCGUGCGUGUGUGUGUGUGUGAAUGAAUCAAGAAAAACUGAUUACAAUUAAGGCUCAGAGGCAAACAAUUUUAUUAGCUUGUGUCGUUGGGGAUCUAGAGCAUUUUUAGACAUCUAUCAUCUAUCCACCCAUCCAUGUAUCCCUGCAAUCAGCUGUCCCUUUAUCCAUUGAGCCAACCGUACAUCCGUCUGUCCAUUCUUCCAUCUGUCCGUCCAUCCAUCCAUCCAUUCGUCCGUCCUAGUCUAGUGUAGUGCAGUAUAACUGUGCGCAUGAGUGGCGUUUUCUAUCUUUUGGAGUCUACUUUAAGUCACCAAAUUGUCAGGCGAGCCGGGUGGUUGUUAAGGAAAUCCCCCUCAGUCUGUCAGAACGCCCAGCAUGGCGCAACGCGAUUUGCCUAAAUUUCCCCAAACUUGACUUGCCCGAGCACGAAAAUCAAGAUGCAGCAGUUUUAAAGCCAAGCGCACGUGCGCUGUCCAUUAAAAUAGGGCCCUUGGUUUUCAUAGCAUGCGUGGUGACAAAAGCAUACAGAGAACAUCCAAAGCUAGAUCUCCAUAAUUCUCUGUAAAAAUGUCCCCUUUAAAGCCAAAACAUUCCUGGAGGGCGCCUGAUGUUUUUGUUUCGUUUGUCCUCCUGAACUCCAUGCUGGCUGUGGCGGUAAAGGUUAGAGGUGAGGGGUGAAAGGUCACUGUCAGGAGCCAACCUACCCCUUGACCCCCAAAAGCUACCAACCCUAAACCCACCUCUUCACUCAUCUCGGUCCCGAAACAGACGGGACCGACUGGAAGUGUGACAGAGUGAUGGAUGGACGGCGGGUUAAUACAGGCACACACGCACACACACCAAAGCCCAAAGGAAGGAAGGAUGACUAGAGCACACUUUGAGAGAAAAAACUGGAAAGCCGUAACGAGUGACAGAAACGACAAGGAGGAAAGGGGGGUGGGAUUGAGAGGAGGGUGGAGGGGGCUGCUAGUGGAUGGAGAGGAGGAGGAAGAGUGGGUUGAGAGGAGGUCACGUGACCACACAGCAGCUGCAAGACUGAGGGAGAGAGAGAGACAGAGAGAGCAAAAGAGAGAGAAAGUCACAGAGGAGCAGAGACGACAAACAGGAGGAAGAGUGAGCAGGAGGGCAUGAGCCAUGAGUCCACCAAGUCGGCGUCUUUAGGAAUGGUCUCCACGGCGACUCGCACCACGGCCACCGUCAGUCCCCUUAGCCCUCUGACCAAUGGGAGCGCUCUCGCCCAGUCUGCCAGCUCUGGAUUCGCCGCCGCCCUGCGCAAACUGGCUAAACAGGCUGAGGAUCCCCGAUGUGAGUUGCAUGCUUCGGCCCUCAGCGGUGAGUCGUCGCCUGUGUCGUUGUCACCUGCCACCAGCCACAGCUCGCCGGUCAGCACCCCCAAGCGGGCCACACUAGGGCCCCUCUUGGCCCAGUCCCGGGGCCACGCCGUUGUCUCGAGCACCCCUCCCGUAGUCACCAUUGCUCCCACCAAGACCAGCAACGGUCUGUGGAGGGCCGACGGGCGACAGGUGGAACAGAGCGCUGCGAGGCUUGGGGGCGGCAGGGAGCGGGCAUCCGCCGACAACGCUCAUACACAGCACGACAAGAGGACCCCGCCCGUACCCCCGUCUCACCUGCUGGCUCACCACUUUGGACUCACACCCAGCUCGGUCAUGCAGGACCCCCGCAUGCAAAGCCUCAGUUUACCUGGGCAGAUGCACCCUGCGGCUCCCUCAGGCAACAUCCCUGAGGAUUACCUGAGAUCGCUGCGUCCCUUCGCCACCCCCGACGACCUGCGGCUGACCUCUGUGCCUCUUGGUCUGGACCAUUCUGCCGCCGCCGCUCAUGCUGCCGCUGCCGCCGCCGCUGCUGCUUACUACCACCCAGCCUUCCUGCACCAUCCUUUGUCUUUACCCAGGAUGGAGGAAUCCUUGUGUCUGUCAGCACUGCGGUCACAGUUCUACUCUGUGCCUGCCGGGGGAGCCUUCCCCGCUCUGCACGCCUCUGGCCUUCACUUGCACCUGCCUGGAGCUCGCUACCCCGGAGAGCUAAACCACAGCGUACUAGUCGAGAGGCUGCAGAUGGAGAAUGAGCUUCGCCAACGAGAGAGGGAGAAAGAGAGAGAGGAGGAAAGGGAGCGAGAGCUGGACAGACAGAAGGAGAGGCAGAGGGACAGACAGCAGCAGAUGGUCAGGGCUGCGGAGGGCCACGGAUACCUGGCCGAAAGGGCGACUCAGAGGGCGCCGUCGCUGGAGGACAGGGCCAGGCUAGUGGAGAGGCUGACCCCCAACAGACUGGAUAAAGCCAAGGAAUCGGAUCUCCCAUCGUUCCUCUCGCAUAAACCUCUGCCCUCCUCCAGGGGCUCUGUCCCACACCUGCUGCCCAGUCUGGUGCCUACUCACCUGGGCAAGCAUCACGUGGUGGGUGGUGUCAACGGAGCUGCCGCCACGACUCACAGGGCCAGCGAGGAGGCCUGGAUGAAGGACUGCAAUAGAACUGGCCAUCCUAACCAAGGCAUCAAAGAUGCACCACCCUCCCUGGGUGCACCGCCUCCUCUCAUCUCCCCUAAACCUCCACAAACCACACUGUGGAACCCCGCCUCUUUUGUGGACCGCAGAAAGCCCAUCCCGCCGAUUCGUCCCCCUCCCAGCCUGAGCAGAGCCGACCGACCCGACCUGAGCUGGGAGGAGAAGAUGGAGGAGGGAGCCCGGAGGAGGCCGGAGGCUCACGAGAGGUAUCCCUCUGCGAGGGAGGAGGCCUGCUUGUCCAACAAGACCGAGCAGGACCUCCUCCAGAGGCGCCAGGCCAACAACCUCUACCUGAGGCUGUGCGCGCCCCUGUCAGACCCCAACGCCGGCAGGGAGCGGCAGAGGGACAGCACGCUGGUGUACGACGAGGCACUCCAGCAGCAUCGGCGACUCCUCAGCAAGCUGGACCUAGAGGAGCAGAGGAGAAGGGAGGCACGCGAAGGAGGUUAUUACUAUGACUUGAACGACUCGUAUGACGAGAGCGACGAAGAAGAGGUGAAAGCCCAUCUGAGGAGAGUGACGGAGCAACCGCCCCUUAAACUUAAUACGUCCUCUGAGAAAGUGGACUUCCUACGCAUGUGCGGACUGGUUACCCGGGCUCAUCGCGACGAGCUCCUGCAGUGCAAGAAGAGGAAGCGAAGGCGGAUGAUGAGGGAACGCAGCACCUCGCCACCACCUGUCGUGCGGGGGAAGCGGAAGUCUCCUCCUUUGCCGGCCGCCGCACUGAGCACCACGUACACCGCCGAGCAGAUGGACAGUGCCCCCGAGCUGCAGGAGAAGAAGGACUUUCUGCGCGCCUUUAAGCUCUCCCACGUCAAUGCUCAGCAACGAAGAGACAAAGAGAAGACUGAGGAGCUGCUGAAGGCCAUCGAGAAGAAGAUUGUGACGCUGGAUACGCUCCGAUACAACUCUGUAUCUCCAUGUAGCAGCAGCCCCCCUGCUGCCACCUCCUCAAUCGGGGAGUCAUCAUCAGCUAAACCUUCCUGUCAGUCAAACGGACAUCUUUAUCCAGACUCGCCAAGCCCCUCCCCUCUAUAUUCACACAGAGCCAGACAUGUCCCCCACAACGACACUGUCAGGCAGCCGCCUCCACCCUUGGCGCCCCACCAUGACAAAGCGGCAUUCGCAGAGGCGCCACGGCCCAACAAGAAGCUGCAGCUGGUCCACAACGGCCACUUAGUACCUCCUCUGAAAAAAGAGCCCGGUGUGGUGGUGAAUGGUCGUGUCCAGCCCCGGGAGAAGUUCACAACCAAUGCCUUUGCUCAGCAUUUCCACCAGGCUGUGCUACAGUCCACACAGCACAAAGGGGUCUCAAAGCUGACCAAGGCUGAAAGCUCGCUGCCUCGCGACCCCUCCCCGCAGAAAACGCUUCAUCCGAACCACGCCGCCCAGCGCGCCAACGGCCAUGGCACCCAUUCCCAUCAAGACAGUCAUGGGAAGCAACUGACCAACGCGGACGUAGAUGAGGGUGAAGACUCAUCUGGGGAUGAUGAUGAGGAGGAUGAUGAGGAACCCCCAAGGAAGUGGAAGGGCAUUGGAGCAAUUUUUGAGGCCUAUCAGGAGUAUGUGGAAGAACGGAGUGUUGAGAGGCAGGUUCUUCACAGUCAGUGCAAAAGAUUGGAAGCGCAGAACUACAAUCUUAGCAGAACAGCGGAGCAACUCUCUCUCACCAUGGCGGAGCUGGUGAGCCAGAGACAGCGGGUGCGGGAGGAGCGUGACAAGCUCCACGCCCAGCUGGAGCACUUCAGGAGGUGUCUGACGCUACCCAGCAUACAUUGGGGCAACGCCCAUGCACCCAGGUGACCUCGGGACUCUAUGUCUCCAAAGACUACUUACUGGCUUUGCACUUAAAGUCAAUCCUUUUUACUCCAGCUACCCAAAAGAUUGGAGGUGGGUCAAAGUCAUAACCAGAUCUGAAGAGUUUGCACCCUCUCCAUGUAUCUAACCCAGUGCUCCUGAACCUUUAUUAAGCCAAGGCACAUAUUUUAUAUUUAAAACAAAAUGUCACAACACACCACCAAACAAAAACGUGAGGCACGUUAAUUGUACCUUCUGCCAUCUAGUGGAAGGGCCUUUAAUUGUUCUGCCUGUCACUAUACGUCUUCAGCGUAUAAAAAACAGCAAAGAUACAUUACAUAAUCCCGUUAUUUGCAGUUCAUUUUACAUUUUCAUUAGAGACCCAGGCUAAUCGUAGUCCCUCUCCAAUGUAGCAUCGCGUACAAAUUACCUCCCAAAAU